UCAAUUUUAAUGGAUAAAUUUCUUUACGCACUAGGAGUAUUAAGUUCUAUCUACAGCCGGCCAUUCCCUAUCUCGCCCCCGACACGUACCACAAAUGGAUCUGGUCAAUAAAUAUAUGCAUAUACCGCAGCUUUGUUAAACACACAAUACACUUCUCCACUAAGUAAAUAUUAUUAAUGUUUAUUAAACUUCCAACAAGCGGUCGACAAGCGGCAGCAAGAAGUGGUCACUUGUCGGCACGCGGUCCUCCACACAAUGUCUGCUCGUGACGACCGGCGGCUGUGCUACGUCGUCUGCUACGCGGUUACGACGUGCUCUACGCCGGUGUUAUUGUGCUCGCUUGGCGUAGCACUGGUCGCGUCUUCGCCUUAUCGACGAAAACAAAGAUCACGCCACUUCUUGAGACGGGAGAUAAUCGUGUCGCUCGCUCGCACUCGUGGUAGCCGCCUGUUUUACUCACCGCCUAUCUAGCGGCUUAAGUCCUUCGCUAAAUUCGCUAGGAUCCUCACUCACCACCUAAUUAUAAUGUUUGCACUGUUUCAGAUGUGUUUUUUACAGGGUUUUUGUACAAUUUUAACACUAUUUUCGUCACUUUAUUCGCAUCAGCUACGGAGCGCAACAGACAGCGUGUGGUCUCGACAGCGGAACGGAGCGGAAUUCCUAUAGAUACUUUUAAAGUAUUUGAGAAUAACGCGGCUUGCGUGGAAGUGCUAGUAUCAGGAGGGUUGGUGUCCGAAGGAGCUGCAACACCAUGCGGGGCGACCUACACGAGCGUCGGGAAGGUGACCCUCGCGAAACCGGCACCUCAGGCCAGGACCAGAGAACUCAGGUCAGCGGCCCUUCCAGAGUCAACGAUAGCAAGAUUCGUGAAGCUUAAAUUGUCUGGACCUCAUCCCCCAGCUAAAGAGACUGAUCAGAUAGCGCUAAUGGCUGUGAAUGUUCUGGGCGAAAUCGUAGAGUGCCCAGAGAAAGCUCAGACGGUAGUAAAAACCGAGACUCUAUACUCACCGUACGACGAUCUGGCCUUUGUUAUGUACGUGGACAAUGAAAUAGCUGAUCUCAUCAGGAGUUUGGAUGAGAAGAAGAAAACGGCUGUUACAGAAGAACGUUUUGAAUACGCCCGUCGGCUGAAGUCCGCCGGGGCAGCCCUAGCAGCCGCCGGCAUACGAAUCGGUCGCUGGAGACUGCGCAAGAGGACCGCAGCCGUCAGAGAUGACUUUGAGCUGGCACGACGGAUGAGGGACAGGAUCGCUGAUGCUCUAACUGGAGUGAAAGAAGAUCCGCAGCUCUGCAGAUUGUUUGAAGAGGAUGGGGUAGAUCCCCGCAAUGACUCGUCGAUGCCUCAGGAGUACGAUUUCUCGCACCACCUCUCCCCAUCCGUGGCUGCAGGCUCUCUAAGCUUGGAUAUACCGUCUCCGGUUCCUCCGAUACAUCAAGAAACCGAUGAGAUUGAUUUUAUCAAUGGCAACGACGAAGACCAGAUAGAACAAGCUCAAAAGUCCCCAGUACAUCUUCUAGAAGACGUAGAGGUACCAAGUACACAGCACUCCUCCAUCCCGCACUUACAAGCCGUCCAAAAUGCACAAGAAGAGAAAUUAGAACAGAAAAAAAUCGAACAGAAGAUUGAGGAAGAUGAGACGAGAACGACUGACAGUCCACGCAGGAGCGUCACCCCGAAUGCAGCUAACGGUACCUUGGUAAGGAGGAGAAACAAGAGUGCUGGCCCCAGAUCUACCUUCGAUGCUUACGAAGAACGCCUGCUGCCGGCCCUAAGGCAUUCUCAUACCAACGAGUAUCUCCGGGAGGCUCGCGAGGAGGAGGGCAGCGGGAGUAGCGCGCCUCUACCGUCCCGUGUCUCUCACAAGCUCAAUGAGAGGGAGAGGAAGCAAGCAGCUCUACCUAUACUUAUAUUCGGAUACCCUCUGGUAGAGAAGUUCUUCUCCAAGAACUACUUGGACAAGGAGGAGGGUCUGAAUCGUCUCAGAGCAGAACUAACUUCGCCGUCGAACGGAAGCACCAAGACUUCUCCGAACAAAACCGCGAGGGCGGCCGCCAUCUUGCUGCAAAGAGCUUUGAGAGAUAAAGUCUUUUCCGUGUACAGUCAGGCCAAUGAAGUUGUCAGAGUUCUGUUCAAGGAUUUCGUACCGGACAGGGUGUGUUCGGCGGAGGUGGGGCGGUGUCUGGAGAAGCUGUUGCCGGAACUGCUGCGCGCGUGCGGGGACCCGGCGCCCAGGGUGCACUCCACCGCGCAGCACACCGUCCUCACCGUGGCGGACUGCCCGCAAGUCAGAGCCCUCCACAUCAUACCUCAGCAGUUAGUCCGUCCAGUGGCGGCCUCUAUGCAUCCACGACUGGCCCUCUCCCGUCUACAGAUGCUGGAACAACUCAUACUGACCCACGGCAUAUCCACUGACAAGAACAGCGGUCUGACCGUGCGGCGGGUGGCGGAGUGCGGGGCGGCGGGGGCGCAGCACGCGGCGGGGUCGGUGCGCGCGGCGGCGGAGCGCAUCCUCCUCGCCGCCUACUCGCGCUCCCCGCGGCUGGUGCGCGCGCAACUGCCGCCCGACGACAACGUCACGCGACGGAACCUCAUCUACCGGCAUCUGUUCCAGCAGUUCGACAAGAUUGAUAUGCAGAGGAUUCUAAACCAGGCACCAACAGAGGAACAAAUACUGACAGACCAAACAAUCGAUAAAGAAGAUACAACGAGCAUCACUCCGUCUAGUCGAAGCGCAACUAGCGGAAUGACCAACUCCCUAGGAAUGACGUCAUCAAUCGGAGCUACUUCCUCGUACAGCCUCAAGUCCAUGGCGUCCAACGCUAGCGGCAGUACGCUAGCUCCAUCUAGCGUCAGCGGGAGUUAUACCAACAAAGUAAGGAGCAGCCUUAAAAAGUCGCCAACGAAAAGAUACGCUCCCAGUCGAUUGACGUCCAAGGACUCUUGUAGUUCUCCAGGCUAUAAUAAGUUGAGGCUGGAUAGCGCAGUCAGUCCGAAGCACUCACCGCGGUCAUCAGCCUCCGUUGCCGAAAAGGUGCAUUUCCAAGAAAAUCCAAGUCUGAACGCGACGGACAGUCAAAGUCAAGUUGUCUACCGUCGGACCAAUCGGAACGCAGAGAAUCGACACUCGAUGAUCCAUUACGACCACGAACCGUCCAAACUUCAGCUUAAAGAGCGACCCAUCACGGUUUACGAGCCGCUGCAUUUGGACUACAGAGAUUCCCCCAGCUUGGGAUCUCCCAAAACAUCCAAGAAUGAUGUGAGAAGCAUGGAUUCGUUACCCACGGACUCUCCCCAAAUGUCCAGGAACGAACUACGGUGUGACUCGGAUUGCCGAAGUUUGGACUCUCCAAAAGUGAAAGCGGAUUAUUAUAGAGAAGUUCUAGAUUCUCCAAAGCUGGUUGGAGCAAUCAGGAAUAUGCACUUAGACGAGGGUAGUCAGAUGGAUGAGAGUGGGUAUUAUAGCCCAGGUAGAAGACAACAAGUGCACGGUGAUCAUUACGAGGGUUAUGAAGGCGGAGACGUGUGUGACGCUGUACCGGAUGGUGUUGGUCUACACACCACAUGCACUUGGUGCGGCAGGAGAGUGAGAGCAGAAGCCCUUGAGUCCCACUAUUGGAGGCGCUGCGUAGUGCUAGCGCGGUGCCCACAUUGUAGAGUCGCGUUGGAGGCCAGGACUCUGCACAAUCAUUUGUUGGAGGAGUGCACAAUGAGCGAGGGCAGCUGGAAGGUUUGUCAGAAAUGUGGCGCCGCGUUGAGGGUAGAAGACAGUGACUAUCAUGUUAAUUGUUACCCGCUUGGCAUGGACGAGUGGAAAUGCCCGUACUGCCUCACGAACGUGCUGGCCCGGGAUCUGCCCUGGCAACGGCAUCUUAUGCAGUGUCCCAGGAAUCCACGAUUGACUAACACUUCUUAAAUUCAUUUUACAUCGAUUUGUUUCGAGUUAUAAUACGAAUGCUCAGUUUAAUUAUAUCGUCAAUAUACAAUACGUUUUAUGUUGAUGUAUUCUCUUAGAGCAGUGAUUCUCAACCUUUUUUUUGUUGCGGCACAUAUUUAACGAUUUCAAAAUUUGGCGGCACACAAAAAAAAAAGAUAAAAAUUAUUUACUUACUACAACACUCUGCAUAAAUAGUUUAUCAAAAAAUUUGAAUAUACGAAAUAAACUAAAAUAUACUAUAAUAUUUUUUUUGUGGAUUUAAAUAUAUAUUCAUGUUUAAAAUAUGUUUCUUUUAAAAUGAUAUAAUUUAAUAAUAUUAACAUUAUUAUAUAUUCGCAAAAUUUGGCGGCACACUUUUGAAAUUUGGCGGCACACAAAAGUGCCGCGGAACAGUGGUUGAGAAUCACUGUCUUAGAGAGAAGCGCUGGUUUGUGUUCGGUUAGUUGUGUGAAUUUUAAGUUUUAUUUAGUGAUUAAUGAUUUGAAUGACAUUAGCCAUAAUUAAUAUAAAUGAAAUAUUCAAAUUGAUCUCGUUAAAGUUUUUAGUGUUAAAUUAUUUUUACAGUAGUGUAGUAUUUACGUAAAUAUAUAAAAUAACGCCGUGUAAUAAGAAAAGAAGUCCAGAAAAAUUAUAAAUUUCCGUAAUUCGCUAUGGCAAGGCGAACUGUGAGCCCGCACGGACGUUUGUCGCUGCCUCGUCUAUUUCUGUUAGAGAACUCAUGAGCUCCACUUGUUAGGUGCUUUGAACAACUGUUUAGCUGACAGCGUCUAGUACUUAAUAAAAUUUAGAACUAAAAAACUUCAGAGGUGUCCAGGGACACCCGGAUGGAACGAAGUUCCUUUCGAUUAAUUAGUGAAGGAAUUGUAUUAUUUUUUUUAAGUUAUAAUAAUAAAUUACGGCAUUAUGAAGAAGAAAAAAACAAUACUAUGAACUAAAUUACUAUUGUUGAAACGCUAUCUCGAGAAACUUUACUCAUUACGCGGACCAAUCGGAUACGAGCAAUGUCACGCGAUAAGCGCCUACACGUUGAUUGGUCAGAAUGACGGAUCUAAAAAGUGUCGUGACAACUUUUCGUAAGAAUUUUUUCCGUCUAGCCCCCUUUCACAACGCGCGAUAAGGAACUUCGUUCCAAUAAAUAAUUUGAAUCUCUCUUCAUACGAAUUUGAGGGCGUGUUAAGCCUAAAGCUGCUCUUAUCAGGCUAAUUUAUUUUUAGGAAGUGCCCAUGAAAAUAGGAUUAUCUAGCAACAAAUUAAAAGCCAUAAUAAAGAGUUAAGAUAUUAAUAGACAUAGUUUUAAAGCACAGCUUCUUAGUCCACUGGUACCGUCCGCAUAUUUAAUAAUAUUCCGUCUUUGACUAGCUGAGUUUCUUUUUAAUUGCUUCGAACUUAAAUUCCACUUGUUAUUGUCUUUAAAAAUGUUAGUUGUUGUGUUAAACUGAGUUCGUGUGCUGUAGGAAAAUGUUGUGGAUUUAGUUUGUUUUAAGUCAAGCGUUUGAAGUUCAUCAACUUUUCAUUAGUCUCUUAUCUUAGAUUUUAGCUAUAGUAGUUGUCGUGGCGUGCAACCUCUUUGACAGGACAUAAAACCUAUAAUGACUAGACAUAGAUAGACUAAGACAGACAUUUGAAAAUAAUUCGAAAAUAAAUGGAACGAGGGCGUACGUAACCAGCAGCGACGCGGUACAUUUUUUGACUUCUGAAAAGACAGAAAUACAAAAAGACGAAAAAGAACGAAUAAUAAUUGACCGUUCUUAUAUAAGAUGUUCAAGUGACCUUCGACCGUUCAAGUAGUCAUUCGACCGUUCAGUAGUAAAUCUUAGUUUUCAUACGUAAUCACCAUUCUUGUAGUUAAAGAUCGUGUCAUCUAAAUAUACCUUUCGCUUAUUUGUUAUUACCAUAUAAUUAUGUGUUGUUCAUAGGUAUGUGUUAUACAAAAGUAUUUUAAGUUAAAUAGUGGUAGUACAAAACGUUACGAAGUUGAUUUCUGUUCAAAUAGGACAAGAACGACUAAAAUUAUAAGGAAUUAAUAGUAUUUUUUAUUUGGUAGUAAUCAAGCAUUGCAUCUAUUCAAGUUUCGAAUCUUAAAAACUUUUGAGGAUAAUAAGCGUGCAAAAAGUGUGUGCGAAAUUUAAACUAAGGACGUAUUUGAUUUUCAAAAUCUUUCAGAAAGCGGAGGUUUCCUUAAAAUCUACUUAAGAUGAAAAUCGGUUUAUGUCUAUAAAAAUUGAUAUUGUAUAAUGUUGCAACAUAAUAGGAUUAGUGCGAAAUUCAUUUAUAAGCACAGGAUAUGAAAUCUAAGAGUUCCUAAUUAUUUCAACUAGACUGAUGAACUUUUGAUGAACUUUUAAGCUUCUACAAUCGUUUCUUUGUAUAAUGAUUAGAGUAAAGUUAUAAACGUUCUAAUUUAAGCUCAAGAUUAAUUGAGGACAUUGAAUGGAUAUUUCGAGUAACAAAAAUGGAUACUGCUACAUAUUUAAUACGAAAAUCGCUCAAUAUAGACUUGUGAGUCAAGUUGCUUGGAUCAUCUAUUUCAUCUCGUAAAGAUCACAAAAAACACUGAGAAUAUUCUGGACAUUUUUGUAUUAAAUUCCGUGAUGUCCGAGCCAUGACAUUAAUAUUAAUUCCGAAAUUAUUUUGCAUUCGCAAUAACAUAUAAGUGAACGCCAAUAAAGAAAAACGUAUUUAAAUAUAGUAUUAAUAAAUUGGGACUGAUAGUAAAAUGAAAAAUAGUUCUCAAGGUUUUAGUAAAAAAAUUAAAUAAUCAAUUACGUAGUUGUAGCAAAAGCGUGGUUAUUAAUUAAAAUGAAAUAUCAGACUAGUUGAAUGUUCCGUAAAAAGUCAAUUUAAGUUUUUAUUUAGUCACAGUGCGUAUUUGUUUAACAAAAAGGAUCGAUCGAGUUUACAAACAUAGUCUGAGAUUGUACUCUGAGAUUUCUCCUGAAGUAACAUGGGGUGUGAGGCGAGUUGCUGAUCCGACGGGUUGGAUAUAUUCACUGGUAAGAGUAAAAACAAGAAACAGAUCUGAAAUUAUAACAACACAUCACAUUUUCUUGUCCUCUUACACAUAAGUACUAAUAUGGCUAAAAUGUGAAGUAAUUCAUUAAAGCAUGACGUAUUUGAAAAAGUAUGUAAUUCAUAUAUUUAAGAAAAAAAAAUUGUUUUUAUAUUUCUUUUAAAGCCUUGCUCUGCUUUUAAAGCGUUGUUACUUCAGGAAGGAAUCUGAGCCAAGCCUGUUUGUCUUCUGGUAAAGACCAUGAAAGCAUUCCUUCAUUAUCAGAAUUUUUGAUUUAGUUUAUUGAAUUUUUGAUUCAAAGUAAAAGCUUUUUAUAUUUUUUUCAAUAAAUAAUUUAUUUUAAGUUAUGUAAUUGCUUAAUUAGUGUUCAUUUUUUAUGUGUCAACGUUUCGUUCUGAAGGACAAGCAGUUUGUUUUUGUUACUUUGAUCUAAGGUAACACGUGCCGUAAGGUAGUCGAUUAUUCUGGUAAUGUCGUGUAAGUCGGUAUGUGAUCGAGUAUUCAUAAACUCUGGGCGAAAUCAAUUAUUUUGACGUCACGAUUUGAUGUAUAUUCGUUAUCAGUAAAUUUAAAGGUUGCUAAAGUUGCACGAUUUCGCCAGAUUUUCAGAUGUUUUUAUUUUACUGGUGGUAGGACCUGUUGAGAGUCCGCGCGGGUAGGUACCACCACCCUGCCUAUUUCUGCCGUGAAGCAGUAAUGAGUUUCGGUUUGAAUGGUGGGGCAGUCGUUGUAACUAUUCUUGAGACCUUAGCACUUAUAUCUCAUGGUGGGUGGCGCAUUUACGUUGUAGAUGUCUAUGGGUUCCAGUAACCACUUAACAUCAGGUGGGCUGUGAGCUCGUGCACCCAUCUAAGCAAAAAAUAAUAAUUAUAAGACUUGAAGAUACUAUAAAAACGACUUAAAAGCUGAUACAGAUUCUGUUUAAUUGUCAGUCGAUAUCCGAUCUUAUGACUAUAAAGAUACGAUUCAAACAUUCCAAGCUUUGUAAUUAAACAAUUGUUAUCGCUGCGAGUGCGAAUGUUAUAAAAAUAAAGAAUUUGUCAAAUUAA